GAGUGCGAGCCCCCGGGGUGUGUGCGCAGGCGCAGACGGCUAAACCGCGGCAGGGGGGUGAGGCUGCCGGGUGCUGGGGCGUCUGGAGAGGCUGAGGACCGUAGUGGAUGAUCCGGAUCCCGAGAGCGACAGAGAGAACGAAUCCAGAUGGGGAGGCCUGGGAGGAAACCGGCAGGCAGAGCCGGGCCUGGACUCUUUCCUUUUCCGAAAGAAGAGCCAAGACAACAGGGUUCGCCUCUCACAAAUCUCAAAGGCAUGUCUAAGGGAUCAGUGUCAUUCAAGGAUGUGACUGUGGACUUCACCCAGGAGGAGUGGCAGCACCUAGGUCCGGCUCAGAAGGCCCUCUACAGGGAUGUGAUGUUAGAAAACUAUUGCCACUUCAUCUCUGUAGGAUUUCACAUAACAAAGCCUGAUAUGAUCCGCAAAUUAGAACAAGGAGAAGAGCUAUGGACGGAGAAAAUUUUUCCAAGUCAAAGCUAUCUAGAAGAUGAAGAUGUUUUGGUGAAGUUCAAAGACUGCCAAGACAAGCGUUCUAAAUCCAUUGUAGUCAUCAACCACAAGAAACUAAUUAAGGAGAGAAGCAGUGUUUAUGGGAAAACACUUACACUAGGCAAGAAACAUAUUAUUUCCAAAACACUGUGUGAAUACAAAUCUGAUGGGAAAGUCUUGAAAAAUAUUUCAGAAUUCAUUAAUAGAGAUAUAAACCCUGUAAGAGAGAAAUUCGGUGAUAAUGGAUGGGAGAGAUCAAUCCUGGAUUCCAGGCAUGAGAAAACUCAUGCCGAAGCCAUCCUCCGUAAGCAAAUACAAAGGGGUCUAAGUCCCAAACAGCUGGCUCAGCACCAGGUGACCCAGAUUCCUGGACAGCCAUUUGAAUGUACCGCAUGUGACAGCGCCUUCCUUAUGAGAGGAAUGGUGUUUGCAAACAGCAGAGCUCACGCGGGAGACGUGGGCUUCAACUACGAGGAUGGCGUGGCUUUUUUAGAAAAGUCGGGCCUUGGCAUUCAUCCACAUAGUCUAAUGGAAAAGAGAUCCUCCGCAUACACCAAAUACGGGAAGUCCCUUUGCAGAAAGCCAGUCUUCCUCAUGCACCCCAGAGCUCCGAUGGAGGAGAAGCCCUUCCAGUGCCCUUACUGUGGGAACUGCUUCCGCAGGAAGUCCUACCUCAUUGAGCAUCAGCGGAUCCACACGGGCGAGAAGCCCUACGUGUGCAGCCAGUGUGGAAAAGCCUUCCGUCAGAAGACAGCCCUGACGCUUCAUGAAAAAACCCAUACGGAGGGGAAGCCCUACCUUUGUAUGGACUGUGGGAAGUCCUUCCGCCAGAAGGCGACCCUCACCCGACACCACAAGACGCACACGGGCGAGAAAGCGUACGAAUGCGCGGAGUGCGGAAGUGCCUUUAGGAAAAAGUCAUACCUCGUGGACCACCAGAGGACUCACACCGGGGAGAAGCCCUAUCAGUGCACCGAGUGUGGGAAGGCGUUCAUCCAGAAGACGACCCUCACUGUCCACCAGAGGACUCACACCGGGGAGAAGCCCUACAUCUGCACCGACUGCGGGAAGUCCUUCUGUCAGAAAACAACUCUCACCCUCCACCAGAGAAUUCACACCGGGGAGAAGCCCUACGUCUGCACCGACUGCGGGAAGUCCUUCCGCCAGAAGGCCAUCCUCACCGUCCACUACAGGAUACACACGGGAGAAAAGUCCAACGGCUGUGCCCAGUGCGGGAAAGCCUUCAGUAGGAAGUCAAACCUCAUUCGCCAUCAGAAAACUCACACGGGAGAAAAGCCCUAUGAGUGUAGGGAAUGCGGCAAAUUCUUCAGUUGUAAGUCAAACCUCAUUGCCCACCAGAAAACGCACAAGGCAGAAAGUGUGGCAGUUCAGUGAGUCGCGUGGUUUGUUUGUUUGUUUGCUUUUUUAGGUUUUGUUUUGUGUUUGGGGGGGUUGUUUGUUUUGUGUUGGGUUUUGUUGGGUUUUUCUGUUUGUCUUGGGUUUUUUUGUUGUUUGUUUGUUUGUUUGUUUUGAGACAGGGUUUCUCUGUACUGUUUUGGAGCCUGUCCUGGAACUCGCUCUGUAGACCAGGCUGGCCUUGAACUCACAGAGAUCCACCUGCCUCUGCCUCCCCAGUGCUGGGAUUAAAAGUGUGCACCACCGUGCCCUGCAGAUUUUAUUUUAUUUUGGUACUGUUUUCAGGUCCUAUUCCUUACAUUUACUACUUGUUAAUCUACCACACACACAAAUACUAUUGGAUAAAUUAAAUGACAAAAAAUGGAAAAUAAAGGCUUCAAUUGUGUAUUCCUGGAUUCAGUGGACUAAACUGGUCUCUGAUGAACUACUAUAAACAUUCAAAUUUGCUUAUUUUCUAUCUCAUGAGAUUUAUUUCUUGUGAAUCAGUAACAGAUCAAUAGCCAAAUGCAACUUGUCUAUAUGAAAUGAAAAUCGUUACCUCCUCAGCAUUGACCACGGUUCUGACUUAGAACAUUGUAAAUUAGGUUCCACACAUUAUAAACCUUCAUAUACGAUUGGAUUGUUUACCUUCCGUUCUUUCCUUCACAGCUUGUUUCACACAUUGUCUCUGAGUUCAGUCAUGAGUGCACGUGGCAGAAGUCCAUUUAUUUUAUUCUGUAUAGAAUUCCAUUACAUACGUAUAUCACUUUUACCCAUUCUGCUACCAAUGGACUUUUGUGGUGUUUACUGCUUGGGGUCAUAAUAAAAAUGUACAUGUAUGCACUUUCCUGUGUA